UCUCUUUCGGGUCCUCCAGGCGGCUUCCGGUCCGUCGGCGUCUCUUGCCCGGGGUGUUACGGUUCUAUUAUGUCGCGACGGGCCUUAAGGAGACUGAGGGGGGAGUCGCGGGGGCAGUCGCCUCUGGGAGGCCUCGAUGUGGGAGGCGAAGAGGAGGAGGAGGAAGAGGACGGAGGAGGUGGAGGAGGAGGCGGCGAAGUGCCGUCGUUGUCGGGGGCUGGAGGCGGCAGGAGGCGGCCCCGGCAAGAGCCGGCGGGUCGGGUCACCAACCUCUUCGAGCUGAUAACCAAUGAAGAAGCAGAGGAUGAUGUAGCAUCUAAAGAUGACAAAGAUGAUUCCAGGCUGCAGGAGGAGGGUGACACAGGGAACAAAGAAGGUCUCAAGAGUGACAGGCGGAGAGAAGGAGGUGAAACAGAGCAACCGGACCAGAUGCCUAUUUCAAAUAACAAAUCACGAAAGAAAAAGAAGAAAAGAAAGAAUAGGAAGAAUGCAUCUGGCGAGUCUCUGUGCCCUGGAGAUGAGGAUGAUGCAGAAGACAUCGAAAGCAUCCUUGUGAGUAUUGAGAACUCCAAUGGGCCACCUUGCCAGAGCCAGAGCACAGUUGUCACGGACCAUCGGCCUUUGCUCUACAUAGAGCACAGGAACUUGAAUCCAGAAACAGAGCUGAAGAGAUAUUUUGGGGCCCGAGCAGUUCUUGGUGAUCAGAGGCCACGGCAGAGGCAGCGCCAGUAUGUCCGCAGCACGUGGCUGACAGUGCCCAAGAACACUUGGCCACGCCAUAGCAAAACAGGCAUAUCCAUGGCGCUGCUAGAAACAAAGCGAGGGGUACAACACUUUGCAUUUGAGCACCAUCGAGAAUACCAGCAGGUGCAGUUCAAGUUCUUGGAUGCCGUGGAGUCCAUGGAUCCAAACAAUCUAGUGCUUUUGCUCCAGAUGAACCCUUCGCAUGUAGACUCGCUCUUACAGCUCAGUGAUGUCUGUCGGAUGCAGGAGGACCAGGAGAUGGCCAGAGACCUUGUUGAAAGAGCCCUCUACACCCUGGAGUGCGCCUUUCACCCAAUGUUCAGCCUCACCAGCGGGACCUGCAGACUGGACUACCGGAGGCCAGAGAACAGAGCCUUCUACCUGGCUCUGUUCAAGCAUAUGAUUUUCCUAGAGAGGAGAGGUUGUCCUCGCACCGCCCUGGAGUUCUGCAAACUUAUUCUGAGCCUUGAUCCAGAGAAUGACCCGCUGUGCAUACUGCUGAUAAUUGAUUUGCUGUCGCUACGAGCAAGAGAGUACGCCUUCCUAACACGCAUGUUUCAGGAGUGGGAGGGUCAUCGGAACCUGUCUCAGCUCCCAAACUUUGCCUUCUCGGUCCCUCUGGCAUAUUUCUUUCUGAGCCAGCAGGAAGACCUCCCAGAGUCGGAGGUCAACCAAGCCCACGAAAGAGCUGCCAGCCUCAUUCGGCAGUCACUGGUCAUGUUCCCGAACGUUCUUAUGCCUUUGUUGGAUCGCUGUAGUGUGCAGCCAGAUUCCACAGUAGCAUCCCAUGCGUUCUUCGGACUGGAUGCCCAGUUAAGUUCGCCCCCUGUGCUGAACCAGCUGGUUGCCCUCUAUCUUGGGAGAACCCAUUCCCUCUGGAAGGACCCGGCUGUCAUGGCCUGGCUCGAAACAAACGUGCAUGAGGUGUUGCGGAUGGUGGAUGCCAAGGACCCAAUGUUGGAGGAGGCUGAGCAGAAGCGAAAGGCAAGGUACCAGAACGCUCCCAGGAAUGUCUACCGCCAUGUGAUCCUCUCGGAGAUAAGGGAAGCCACAGCAGCAUUGCCUCCGGAAGUGACCUCCCAGCCGAUAAUGGGGUUUGACCCCCUGCCGCCUCUGGACUCCAUUGUUUCGUACACAAGGCCAGAAAGGGCAACCCAUCCAGCCAAUGAAAGCACUUUAUCUCUCUUCUUUCGCUCACUCUUGCCAAACUUCAACUUGCAGGGAGAAGUCAGAGCUGGUGGAGAGGAAGAGCCGGGCGCAGGACAGAAUCUGAACCAGGGUGUGAACAGACUGAUGGCAGCCAUGCGGGACAUGCUGGCAAAUAUCCAGUUCCAGGAGCCACCACGGGACGACAACCCCGAGGGGGAUGGGGGAGAAUGGGACUAGGCCCUUGCACCCCAGAACUGCCUUUUUGCCCCUUCUGUAACUUCCCUUGCCACAAAAUAAACAAUCAUAAGCCAGA